GAACAAAUUCAUGCAAUUUAGAUUUCUUUAUUUACAGUAAGGAUUUAUGUGAAGGGUCUAAUUUUAAGUCCUAGUAUUUAUCUUUAAUUGAAAAAUACUAUAUUUUGGGAUGUUACUUGCUCUAAAAUAAAAAAUUAAUAUCCAAGAUUUGUUUACUACACGUGCGUUACUUCCAAGUUAUUCAAUAUUUUUUACUAUGUCAACAACAAGUGAAAAUGGCUUAAAAUGCAAACUAGAAUUCGGGGGUGGAGCAGAAUUACUUUUUGACAAUGUCAGAUCAAAAGAAGUGGUUUUACCAAGUAACUCAGAUGAUUGGACUAUACGGAAUCUACUAGUUUGGAUGAAGUCAAACUUAAUACGUGAACGUCAAGACCUAUUCUUUCAUGAGGAUUCUGUGCGUCCAGGAAUAUUAGUAUUGAUCAAUGAAACCGAUUGGCAACUUCUGGGUGAAUUAGAUUACAAGAUUGAAGAAAAUGAUGAUAUAUUAUUCAUAUCAACAUUACAUGGAGGUUGAUAGAUUUAAUAAUUAUCCAAAAGUCAAAGGCAUAUCUAUUUUUGAUAUAAAUAUACUUAUUAUAUUAAAUUAUUUUAAUACAUAUUUAAAUUAAAGCU